CCAUCAGGACUCCGGCUGCGUCGAGUCAGUCCGCCGAAGCUGUGCCGACUGGAGGGAUGUGACCCCGGAACAGGACGCCCUCCUACAACAACACACCAUUCAAACAGAGCACAGAAGAAAGAAAAGCUGGACCAGGAGGGAGCCACAGGAGCAGGGGGGAUGAACCGCGAGGAGGCCCCGGGGAAGUCUCCUGAAGACAUGUACGUCCAACAGAAAGUGCGGGUCCUGCUCAUGCUUAAGAAAAUGGGAUCAAAUCUCACGCCAAGUGAAGAGGCUUUUCUCAGAAAUUACGCAGGUGUGGUCCACAGUCAGAUGAGCCAGCUACCACAGCACAACAUAGACCAGGGUGCUGAGGACGUGGUAAUGGCGUUCUCACGGUCAGAGGCGGAGGAUCGGCGACAGUGACCCUGGGCCCCCUCAUCCUGCCCCGCUGCAUCCCGUCCCAGACCCGUCCCGCCCCGCACACGACCCACAACAACCCAAACUCCAUAAGCACGACGCUGAUAAGCUCAGGGGAGGGGGGGGGAAGGGACAGAAGAAGGAGGGGAAGAGACGCCGGGAGGUGGCGGCUGCCUCGCUCCCCCCCCGCUCCUUUUCCAUCUGUAUCCUCCUCACACAGGCUGGCACAACGUUACCUGAGAUGCACUCCAGUGGGUCCCAGUGGGCUGAAGCCUUGAGAGUCAGUGAAAACACUCAGAUUGUGUGGAUGAAUAUCAGUUGUAGUUUUUUUUUCUCUUGUGUUUGGGGGGGGGGGAUGGUUUUGUUUUAUAUUAUCUUGUCUAAGUUGAGACGUUGGGCAGUGUUACGUGUAUUUCCUGCUGUGGUCACCGGAGGAACUGACCAGUCAGCAGCUGAUUGGAGCAAAGAGAAAUAUAGUUGUGGUCAAGUAGAGCAGCGGGUGUGAGGAUUGGUCAUGUUAGGGGAGAGAUUUUAAUUAUUUCUGCUUACCCCAAUGGGGCCGGAAUUGUUUUUGAUUUUAGCUGUUCUGUUAUAAAGGCUUUUGUAUUUUCUCCCACCAGGGGCCUCAUUUAUAAACUUGUUAAUUAAAAACAAGCGUGAAAGAUGCAUUCACUAUUUGGCACGCACUUGUUUAGAGAUACAGGCGUCCGCUCUUCUGCUGGAACCUGCAUGCAGAAAGCAUGAAUUAAGAAACAUAUAAACACUAAAAUGUGUUUGUAAGCAGAUAAAAGUUUGUUAAUGGAUUUGUCACAAUUGUAACUCCUCAUUAGUGGAGGCUGCUUUAUAAACAGAUGAAUGAGAAUAAAGUAAAACACACUUGAAAUACUAUAAAUGAUGUCCUCAUAGGAGAAGUUAUGAUUGUUGCCAAAAACUUUGCAUUAAUAAACACAAUCAUUUCUUUUAAUCUGCUUAGAGAACCAUUAUGGUGUUUUUUUUAAAUAUUUAAGUAAAUGUUUCAAUUCCCACCCAUAAAUCUGUGACCUGGGAACUUAAAGUAAGUAUUACCAUAAAGUCGAAUGCAUCACUAACUAUUCUCAGUCAAUGCUUUUCACUUAAUGUUAAAUUACAGACGUUUUUUCCAGUGGGAACCGAUGGGUAAUCACUUUAAUUCACAAUCAGUGAUGUGAGGAGAGCUGCGGUGAAAUCAUUUUUACCUUACCAACUGAUAUUUUCAUUUCAGAAUAAUUUGGUUCUUUUAUCAAAAGCAAGCAGCAUUUUAGAAUCUUGAUAUUUCUCAAUGUGAUGGAAUUUCUUCUGUACAAAUACCAGAACGACACAAUGAUGUGUGUCAACGCUCACAACAGGCCGUCAUUAAUUAAGCGAGCUAACUUUCGACGUGCUCGACAGGAAUUUCUGCAUUGAGGCGGGAUGUGUUUGGAUUGACGCAGGUUGAUACACGAGGCCCCGCUCGUUCUUCUGCUGCUUAUAUUUUUGAACCAGAGGCUGUCGAGGGUGCGGCGACGCUUUCUCUAAAGGAGGGCGUCAAGAUUUAAAGACACUAGCAGAGCUAAUCAUGCGAAACACACAUGUACACACUCUCCCCAAACAAACACUGGUUUUAUUUUGGGUUAUUGUGACAUGUACAACUUUUUUUUAUUAUUGUACAGAUAGUUGGGGAAAAUACAAUAAUAAUUUGAUUGUGCCAAUUGUAUUUUUGUUGUUUUUUUUAUCUGCAAGAUUAAAAAAAAUUAACAUAUUGAUUUAAGAAAACUGAUAAAGAGACAAGUCGUAGUUGUAAUUUAUUGUUUGCUGAAUUGAUUCCCUGUUCCCUGGACGCGUCAUUAAAGAUGGAGAACCAGUAUAUAGUUAAAGCCUAACACAAGUCGCUCUUUGAAUAUCAUCAGCAGUGGCUCUUUGUUCACACUAAAAUCAUACAAACUCUAAUUUUACUACCUGUAACUAAAACAUGUGGGGCCAAACAUAAGACCUGUGUGCUAUCUCUGACUGUACUGUAUCUCUUGCACUAUUAUCAAUGAGAUAUUUGCAAAAAAUACAUUUUGAUAGUUAGCACAGAGAUUCCUGUGUUUGGUUCAUUGGAUAAAAGAAAAGUUUGUAACCAUGUUUUUAUUCAUUUGGUGAUUAUAAAAAAGAUCUCAACUGGAAAAUAACUCAAAUGAAUAUUUGUUAACAGCCAACAUGUUUUUCUAGUGACAUGCUGAAUAUUUAAUGUUUUUAAGUACAGUUUGUUAACUUGUAUAACUUAAAAUAAUCGUAACGUUUUAAAGCCAAGCAUGUCUGCCUCGUGGUUUCUAAUGUUCAUUCAAGCGGAGCCAAGGAUCUUUGAAGUCUGGUGCCGAUGAUCAUUGUUUGUACAUUCUUGACAUUUGUGGAAGCGACUAGCUCUUUUAAAAACUGUUUCAGAAAAAAAUGAUGAUUUCUUUUGUAAAUGUUAUCCGUUACAUCGUGUCAGCAAUAACUUCUAUUUGAAUGUUCUCAUCAAUCAACACAAUGUAAACGGCCAACAGAUCCGUCACGCUGUUCGCCUACGACAAACAAAUUUGUCAUUUGAUGUUUACUUUUAUUUUGAAGCAUUCUUUAUUUGUCUAUGCAUCGAUUGUUUUUCUCUAAAAUGUGUCUUACUGUACAUUUUACCUAUCAGGGUUGUUCUGCAGCCUUCAUUCAAGCGUGUGUGUGUGUGUGAAAGGAAGUGUGUUUGUGUGUGUGUGUCUGUGCGUAUGCGAGAGAUUGCCAUUGAACCUGCUACCAGUUUUGAUUUUCAGCAUGCUGUUGUCGAUGUAUCUUUUUACUGUGAUGACCUGAUGUUGCCUAAUUGUCCUUUUUUUAUUUUAUUUUUUUGUAUUUGUCUUUUCUUUUCCGCUCAGUCGACUUUGAUUAGUUGGUUUUAUUUUGUAUGGCUGCUGACCAUGUUUUGACUUAAUGCUUCCAAAUCCUAUACCAACUGAACCAUUAAAGAAAUUUUAAAACA